AUGGAUGCGGGCAAUGCCUGUGGGCCUGCACUGGGGGGAGCCCCCCAGAGGCUUUUCCCCAGGGCCAGCAGAGGGUGGCACAGGGGGAGGCUGGCUCCCGGCACCCCACGGCGAAUAGCCCAGCCCAGCGCUGCGCUCUCCGGCUGCUCGCCGCCUGCCCCAGCUGCUCCAGCUGCCGCCACCCCGGCUCCAGGCCCGAAGGGCGCUGCUCAGCCCGGCUGCCACCGCCUCAUCCCCCGCCCCGCGCUGUGGUCACUCCAUGCUUUGUUCUCUCCGUGCCCUCGUCUUUUGGGUGCCAACAUCAGCCACCGGGGUUGUUUAGCCCAGAGAAGAGGUGGCCUGGGGCAGGUGGUAGCCAGACGCCGCGUCUCGCCGCCGCCUCCGCAGGUCCGUCCCGGCGCGGCGGCCGCUCCGGUGUGGGCGCGCCCGCUGCUGCUGAAGGUGCUGCUGUGGGCCGUGCUGCUGGCGCUGUUCGCGGAGCUGGAGCUCGGCCUGCCCUUCUUCAUCCUCUCCCUGCUCUACUGGAUGUACGCCGGCACCCGCGGCCCCGCCGAGCGGCGGCCCGGCCCCCCCCCCCCCUACUCCGUGUUCAACCCCGGCUGCGCCGCCAUCGCCGGGACGCUGACGGCCGAGCAGCUGGAGCGGGAGCUGCACUACCGGCCCGCGGCGGGCAGCUAGCGCCCGGCCCGGCCGGACUGCGCCGAGGAAGAGCCGCGGCCCGCGGAAACGAAAUGGGGUUUGUUCCUGUGCAAAAAGCCGCCCGAGCCUUGCUGCUGGCCCCCUGUCCCCCGUGGCGCGUCCCGAAUAAAGCCGUAGCAAAGCCUGCGCUCUGGUCUCGUUUCCUGGGGCCGGGCAGCUGUUUCGGCCGCUGGGGAGCGGCCCCGAGAGGCACGGCCUUGUCGCAGCUGCCAGCGUGUCAGCUGGAGGCCUUCAGCUCCCGGGCUUUGCCACAGGUGACAGAAAGGCGAGGCUGGCUUCUGACGAGACCUGCAGUAGAAGGGCCCGCUGCACCAGCUGGAAACCUCAUUCCGAAGAAACGACGUGAAGCAAUAGCCACAUACCUAAAAUAGGCUGCUGCUUUGGGUCUUCCAUCUAACGCAAACAUCAGAUUAUAAUUCCCUUUUUGCUUCAUAUUACAGUUUUCAUAAUUGUUAGCCAAAAAAUACUUACUCCUGGCAGGUGUAUUUGUAUGAUCCACUUCUGUUUUUAAUAUGUAGAUCAUUGCAUUGAGCCAGACCUGCUCAGCGAAGUGGUAGUCACCACUGCUCAAAACAUGUAAAAAACACAUGGGUGUGGCAUUCAAGAACAUGGUUUAGUGUUGAACAUGGUGGUGAAUGCUACACAGACAGCUGGACUUAAGAAUCUUAAAGGUCUUUUCCAACCAUAACAAUUUUAUGAUUCAUUAAGUCAUCACUUUGAAGAGCAGCUGCUGGAACUGAGGACAGAGUUGAGAAGAAAAGUCACAAACUGAUCUUUCACAUCCUGUUCCAUUAUGUGUUUUCUAAUUUAACAGUUAAAGACAUUGUUGAGGCUUGACUCAACACAAGUUUCAUCAUUGAUUGUAGAAACAAAAGAAAGUGGUACUUUGAAUUUAACUGGACUAGUAAGAGAGUAAUAGAUUAAACCAUAUGUAAUAUGUUAACACUGCUGAACAUCUCCCAGUAGCUCUCCACAGCACUCACAGUUUUUAUCUUAGGCUGUUGCAAAAAUUCUAAGUCCUGCUAUUUAAAGGCAGAAAAUUUUCUCAUUUGCACAAAUUCUGCCAUCCUCCAGUAAAAACCCCCCAGAGUUUCCAUUAUUCUUACUGAUUCCUUUUAACUCUAUAGCAUGCUGCAUUUUGGGUUUGAUUAACAUAGGCUCAGCAGAGUCAAAAGCCUCUUGCUAGUGGACACAUGGUUGCACAUAUUGUUUCCUUGGAAGAACCAUAGGCUGUGAAUCUUUCCAUUCUUAAAAAGCAUUCUAAUUACAGGGUAAGAAGGAGUUAGAUGAUACUCAAAACACCUGUAAGCAAUGGAAUUUUGUGAGUUGAAAAUUUAUUCACAACAAUAAAAAUAAACAUCAGCAUAGUGUUUAGGGGAAUUGAUAAUCUGACAUUUUGUACAGUUCAGUUCUGUGGGUAUUUUUUAAAACAAGGAAAUACAUGCAAAUAAAUAUUAAAUAUAAGGUAAGAUCCAUGAAAUUAUAAAAAUUCAUAGCAGCAAUGCUGGAAAUAAAGUUUUCACUUGCUAUAAACUCUAGCUGCAUUAUGUCCAGGUGGAUUUAUAGACUCUUGUAUUUAAUGCUUCAUGAAACAAGUUACCACAGUACGUGAGCAUGAAGCCAAAAGGCACAAGAAAUAAAAAUUGACACAGUUCAUCUCUUCCAGUGCUUUGUGUUGGUUUGCUUAUUUCAUGCUACUCAAAGAAAUGUACAUUACACAUUGUGAAAUAGAGAUGGCACGAAUAACAAAGGCUUAUAAAAGGUUUUACUGAAGUAGAUAAAGUAUGAUGGAGAAAUUGGCAUUGAGGCCUUGCAGAGUCUAAAUACACAAAUACUGUAAUUCUGCUUGGUGGUAAUUACUUUCACUGAGUUGUUUGACAGGGGAUUUAAAAAGGUUUGAACAAGUGAGAGCUUAAUUAGAGGGUGAAAAAGAUUUUCUCUGGAGCCUUCUGCUUGGUUAAGACCUCACUUUGUUACCUUACUUUUCUCUUAUAUUCUAAGAAAGCAGAAGUCACCAAGUGAACUGGAGUUACUCCUGUGGGCCCAAAGCCCUCAGUUCACAAAUGAGCAGGAGGGACAAGAAUGGUUUACUAAUUCAAAAGCAUGACAAGCAGGAAAUGCUCUUUAUUCCCCUGUUUGUCCUCUUUCAUUUGUCACACACACUUGUUUGUCCAGCACAGCAGUGAGUUAAAACACUUCUAUAACCUCCUGUUGUCAUAGCAAAACUAUCAUCUUGCCAACAGCUGUUUAAGCAGCAGAAUUUUUUUUUUCCCAGGUUUGCACACAACUAAGCA